AUGGACAGCGGGAGCAAUGACCACGAGGGCAUUUGGGAGACGGAUUUCAAAAUCGACUACAAGGACCUCAACUUCGAGGGCGAGGUUGCCGAGGGCGCCUUCGGCAAGAUUUACAAAGGCGACUACUUCGGCACCCCCGUCGCCAUCAAAAAGUUCAUAGAGAGCGGGUACGUGGAAGAUGACCAAAAGUACAUCGCCCGAGAGGUCUCCACCCUCAAGGGAAUUCGGCAUCCGUGCAUCGUCAACUUCAUGGGCGUGUGCGUCCACUCGUCGGGCGUGUACAUCGUCACGGAGUGGAUUCCCAACGGCGACCUCACGCACCUGCUCAAGAACUCCAGCGUCGAGAUAUCGUGGAAGGACCGAACACAGAUGCUCAUCGACGCCGCCGUUGCCAUGCGCUACCUCCACGCCCACAGCAUCAUCCACAGAGAUCUCAAGUCGGAGAACCUGCUGUUGACCGAGAACGGCCGCGUGAAGGUGUGCGACUUGGGGUUCGCCCGCACCACAAAGAAACUCACCCGUAGCAUGUCGGUCGCCGGUACCGAACUGUACAUGGCGCCCGAGGUCAUGCUGGGUGAGGACUACGACGAGAAAUGCGACGUGUACAGCUUUGGCAUUGUGAUCUUUGAGAUGAUUUGCCGGCACCCGCCGCCGAAGAGGAGCCUGGAGACGAAGUACUCGUUCCCGUCGGGUCUUCUCACCCAAUACAUGCCUCCCGACUGUCCGCCCGAUUUGGCGCUUCUCACGAUGGACUGCACUCAGUUCGAGAAGGAGGGCCGGCCUUCGUUCGAGGAGAUCUUCCGCUCGCUCAAGGAGCUCUUCGACGAGCUCGAAGCCGAGGAAGCCGCCGCCUUCGUCAACAACAGCCAGGAGAUGGCGAGGGUGGAGCAGGAGAGGCACGCGCGUCUGGCGAGGGAGCAGGAGGAGCGGGACCGGAGGGAGCAGGAGGAGAAGGAUCGCCGGGAGCAGGAGGAGAAGGACCGCAAGGCCCGCGUGGUCAAGGAGAAGCGCGACAAGGAACUCAGAGACCGCGAGAAGCUCAGGAAGAAGCAGGAGAAGGGCCAAGAGGAGAUCAAGAAGCAAGAGGAUGACGAGCAGCGGGCCAAGGAGCGGGAGAGCCAGAUCAGGGCGCAGUUGGAGAAGGAGGUGAUGGAGAAGCUCGAGCAGGAGAAGAAGGCCAUCCGCGAGCAGCUGGAGCAGGAGUACGCGCAGAAGGAGAAGAAGGAGCGCGAAGAGCGCGAGAAGAAGGAGCGGGCCGAGCGCGAGGAGCGUGAACAGAAGGAGCGCGAGGAGAUCGAACGCCGCGCGCGGGACGAGGCCGUACUCAACCUGACCUCGCCGCGGUCGCGCAAGCUCGGCUCCGGCUCGUCGGCGGCCAAGGCCAAGAAAGAGAAAGAGAACAAGAACGAAGACGACGACGGCAAGGAGCCCAAGAAGGAGCGCGCUCGGAGUUGGGCGCUGCGGGGCGCGCGCAAGUCGCAGCUGAAGCAGGCGCUGAAGGAGGAGGGCGCCAAGGCGACGAGCUCCGAGGCGCUGGUGGAGGGAAAGAGCGAAAGAGACGAGGCCAAGCAAAGAGAGAAGGAGGAGAAGAAAGCGAAGGAGGCGAGGAGGCGGUCGUGGGCGCCCAUGCGGCUGCUCGAGGAGAAGGAGAAGAAGAAGAAAGCGAAAGAAGAGAAGCGAAAGAAGGAAGAGGAAGAGAGGCUGAAGAAGAAGGAAGAGAAAAAGAAGAAGAAGGUCGAGAAGAAGAUCGCGCAGGAGGAGAAGAAGAUCGAGCGGGACGACAAGAAGCACUCCCGGACCCGCAGCGGCAGCCUGGCCGUUGUCGCCGAGAAGAGCAAGAUCCCGGGACCGGGCUCGAUGGGCAUGCCCGCACUCUCCAUCAACGAGGAGGCCCACCCCUUCGGCUAA